CUGACACCGGACCGACAGGAGGAAGAGGCGCUGAGGAAAAAAGACAACAAAAUGGCAGCAGGUUCAGAUCACGGGCUGAAAAGAAUAGUUUGGAAACGAAUAAAGGACACCAUUAUCACAGACUGUAGAAAAUCGGAAGUAUGGAAGAUAUUAAUUUUGGACCCUUUCACCACCAAGCUCCUCUCAUCCUGCUGCAAGAUGUCCGACCUAAUGGCCGAGAAAAUUACAAUUGUGGAGGACCUGUACAAAAGCAGAGAGCCUGUUCCUGAAAUGAAGGCCAUCUACUUCAUGACGCCAACCUCAAAGGUUUGCAACGCUGCAAUGUGUGUUGAAGCCUUUAUAGCUGACUUCAAGUCCAAACCCAAAUACAAAGCAGCAUAUGUUUACUUUACAGACUACUGCCCUGAUGACCUGUUCAACAACAUGAAGAUGCACUGUGCGAAGUUCAUACGCGUCUGCAAAGAAAUUAACAUCUCUUUCCUGCCACAGGAAGCACAAGCAUUCUCAUGUGAUUAUCCAAGAGCUUUCCAAAGCCUCUACAGUCCUCACAGUCAGGACAAGGCAAAGACACUGGAGACGCUGGCAGACCAGCUCGUCACACUCUGCGCCACAUUGGAAGAAUACCCAGGGGUCAGAUACAAGAAAGACAACAACAUGGAGAAUGCCAAAGCUCUCGCCGAGCUGGUUGACAAUAAGCUGGCCAAACACUAUGAGCUGGAUGACAGUGGUAAGAAGAAGGGAAAGACCCAAGCCCAGCUGUUGAUAGUAGAAAGAGGUUUUGACCCCGUGAGCCCUAUCCUGCAUGAGCUCACCUACCAGGCCAUGGCUUACGACCUGAUUGACAUCCAAAAUGAUACCUACAAGUACAAGUCCAAAGAUGGCUCAGAGAAGCAGGCUCUGCUAAAUGAGGAUGACAUGCUCUGGGUGAAGCUCAGGCACAAACACAUCGCUGAGGUUUCAGAACAAAUCCCCAAGAUGUUGAAGGAAAUAGCAGCUAGCAAGAAAAAGCCAGAUGAGAUGACAACUAUAAGCAACUUGGCCCUUAUGAUGAAGAAGAUGCCUUCUUUCCGUAAACAGGUGACAGAGAAAACUAUUCAUCUGCAGUUGGCUGAAGAUUGCAUGAAACAAUAUUCCAACAACGUGGAGAAACUCUGCAAAGCUGAACAGGACCUGGCGGUCGGCUCAGAUGUGGACGGAGUGAAGGUGAAAGAUCCAAUGAGGACUCUGCUGCCUGUGCUUCUGCACCCAUACAGCACCCACGACAAGAUCAGAGCUGUGCUGCUCUAUAUCUUCAGCCUCAACGGAACAACAGACGAGAACUUAAGCAAACUUAUUCAACAUGUUAAGAUUGAGAAUGAACGAGAGUUUAUCCUGAACUGGAAAGAACUGGGCGUCUCCAUCAUCACAUCGGCAAGUUUCUUCUCUCGAAAAGCAAGCCGAAAGGAUCGUUCCCAGGAGGAGAAGUACAACCUUUCCAGAUGGACUCCAGUUAUAAAAGAUGUGAUGGAGGAUGCUGUGGAGAACAAACUGGACACCAAGGAAUGGCCGCACCAGUCGGAGUGUCCUGCUGCCUGGAAUGGAUCUGGGGCUGUCAGUGCUCGUCAGAAGCAUAAAACCAGCGCUCAGGACGAACGCCGGUCUGGCUCCCGUCUCAUCGUCUUUAUUAUUGGAGGAAUGAGUUAUUCUGAGAUGCGCUGUGCCUAUGAAGUCACCCAAGCAGUGAAAUCCUGUGAGGUCAUCAUAGGGUCUUCCCACAUUCUGACCCCCACCAGUCUUCUGGAGGACAUCAAAGUCUUGAGCAAAGGCCCAAUGGAAACCUUUACAAUAGAGGAAAGGAACAACGCCUGAGAAAUGUCAACCAGCUUCCCCCCCAAUUUAACAUCUCCUCAAACUCCCCGUUUCCUACAUCGUAUCAUUCAGCACAGUGCACUCAGUUCAACUUCCUAAAUGGAAUAUUGAAGGGAAUUUACCUUAAGCGUCUUUAUAUUCAUGUCUUCAUACCUGAUGCACAUUUAUAGAAAAAGGUAUGAGGACACGUCUUCUAUUAACUUGAUCAUUUACAUAGCAGAAUUUUCUCUUCUUAAGAAUGUGGUCUGCUUAUGACAUAUAUUGCUUUGGGAGUUGAUGAUCUAAAUCACAUGAUGUCAAAUGACAAUUUCUAACAUUUGUGUUAGUGUUUAACCUUAUUAAACUUUGCUGAUAAAUGUAUAGCUUAGGUGAGUGGCCUCUGGGAAUGAGUCAGAGACAGUGUGGGAAUUGGCAAAAGCACAAAGCUGAUGUAUAUACUGUAUGUAUGCACUGAGUCCCAGCUAUGGAUUGUGUCUUUUCUGUUCACUACUGUGUAUAAACACUUAACAUAAUUUGAAAAGUGUUUUUAACAAGGUAUUUACAUGUUUCUUUAUUUGAACGACUGACAAAUAAAUGAAUGAAGUGGUUCAAAUUUAGUCUUUCUGUUUUGAUGUUAAUAUUACAUCAUUUUUUACUGAAAUGGAGAUAGUAUAAACAUAAAAUUUGAUAAAUAAA